CGUAGGCAGAGGAGGAGGUGUAGAAGAAGAAGUUGCCAGCAUGGCGUUUACUCUGUACUCUCUCAUCCAAACCGCUAUUCUGUGCACAAAUGCAAUCGCUGUGUUGCAUGAGGAGAGGUUUCUCAGCAAGAUCGGCUGGGGUGUUGACCAGGGAGUCGGAGGUUUUGGGGAUGAUCCAGGAAUCAAAGCCCAGAUCCUCAAUCUCAUCCGCUCAGUCAGGACUGUCAUGAGAGUGCCUUUAAUAAUAGUGAAUUCAGCCUGCAUCGUCCUUUUGUUGCUGUUUGGUUAACACUGCGAGCCAGUAUGAAGCCAGAGGACCAUACAACGUGCCAAGGAACAACCACACAUGCUUGCACAGACACACACUGAAUUGCGUGUCAUUCUCAUCAGUGUGGAAAAAGUUUUCCACAACAAUUAACUCACCACCAGGUCCAAAUAUGGCUUGUGUUGGCCGCUAACCUCCCUGUCUGUGUGACACCAAAAGGCCAAAAUAUGGAUUAAUGUCAUCCCAUAGUUCUGUUUAGUGCUGCAGAGUGUUUGUCUUCACUCUCAUCAUCACGUUUCAUCACAGACACAUUGAAGGGAAUCUCUUUCAGCGCUUUCUGAAUGAUAUGUGUCAUGUACAUUAUUUUUAGUGUUACCAAGGAGGAACUUGUUACUUUUGGUAAAUAUAGCAAAGUAUUGUCAGCAGUAGAGCUGGAGAAUAUUUUUUUUUCUUUAACGUCAGACAGACAGAAGGAGAUAUUUGGCAUUUAUUGUCACUGUCAAAAAGACUGUUACUGUAAAGUUUUUCCUUCUAAUGGUCCUGCAGACCUUUGUAAAGACAUUCUGUUGAAUAAGAAGGAUCUGUUAUUUUCGACAGCACCUUCUUAGUGUUUCACAUAGAUUUCAGUGAGAUAAUUCUCAGUUAUCUCUACUGAGCGAAGUGUAAAAAUGUUCAGUGUUUUAUAUUUAUUUCUUUUGUUAGAAUUUGGUUAAAUAUGUGCAAUGUCAAUUUUAAGCAAUAUUGCCAAAUACAACUCAAAACAAUACCUUUUUACCUGUUUACACAUCAGUACCUUCUCAAUGUCACAAACAUUAUUGGGAUGGUAUGAAUAAAUGUAUUAUUGAGUAUAAUGAAAUUCUUGUUAUUGGCUUUUCAUUCUGCGAGUGUGCCAGCAGAGGAAUAGAGAACAUCUUCAUGGAGUUUCUGCUGUUUUCCAUUUAAAUUACUGUCCACCACUGUUCUGUAUAAAUAUACACCAUGUUUGUCCAUCUAUCCGUGCUCCACUUCAUUAAUAAUCCCCAUAUGUUGUGAAUUAU